UGUCUCGAAGGUCCCGCAGCGGCUCGCGCCCCCUCCUCCGCAGCUUUGCGCUAAGUCCCGUCCCCCACGGACCAACUUCUACCCCCGGCUCCAGGCCUAGAGCCUUAGGGUGCCUGCUAAGCCCCACCCCCUCCUCCUAUCCAGCCAAUCGGCGCAGCCCUCUCACUCUCCGCUUGCCGGCUCCGCUUACUCGGCAUCAACCUCGCGCGCAGCUGCUGCGGCAGUGGGCGCAGCUCAGCGCAAGGCGAGCGGGCGGGGCCAUGGGGGUGCUGUCCGUGCCGGCCGCGGUCCGCGCCAUCCUGCUGGACAUCGAAGGCACCACCACGCCCAUCGCCUUUGUCAAGGACACUUUGUUUCCUUACAUCAGAGAUAAUGUCCAGGAGUAUUUGCGUGUACACUGGGAAGAGGAGGAAUGCCAACAGGACGUCAGCCUUCUGAGGAAACAGGCUGAAGAGGAUUCUAACUUGGCUGGAGUAGUGCCUAUUCCUCCAGAAACUGGGACUAGAGAAGAGGAUUCAGAGCGGGUUAUCGAGGCUGUAGUAGAUAAUGUGCACUGGCAGAUGUCUCUAGACAGAAAAACCACAGCAUUGAAACAGCUGCAGGGUCACAUAUGGAAGGCAGCUUAUACAACUGGACAAGUGAAGGGAGAAGUCUUUGAGGAUGUGGUUCCUGCUAUCAGAAAGUGGAGGGAAGCAGGGAUGAAGGUGUAUAUCUAUUCUUCAGGGAGCGUGGAGGCACAGAAGCUUCUGUUUGGAUACUCUACAGAAGGUGAUAUUCUAGAGCUCUUUGACGGCCAUUUCGAUACCAAGAUAGGUCACAAGGUAGAAAGCGAGAGCUACAAGAGGAUUGCAGCAAGUAUUGGAUGUUCGACUGAUAACAUUCUCUUCCUGACUGAUGUCACUCAGGGUUGAAGAGCAUUUGAAACCAGCCCUCUACAGGACCAUCAUGAAAAUGAUGUGGACAUAUCUACUGUACCCCUGCCAGUUUUCCUUGCUGUGUUGAAUGCUGAUGACAUUGAACAUUAAAUUUAACUCUCCUCUAUUACACUCCAGUCCCAUCUCCAGUUUGAAAACUACCAGGUUGUAGGGCCAAUUACAUGCGUUUAAAAUAUGUGGGACCCCUAAGAAGUAGAGGUUCUAGCCACAUCAAGGGACUUCUGUAGUGUAACAAGGUCCUUCAACACAGAGUAGGUGGGAUCUCUGGAUUGCUUACGGACAACCUCUUGUCCCACUGCCUCUUCUAGAAUACUGCUGUGUAAUCUUCACCUUAGUAAAAACUUUGCAAGUUCCCCACUGGUAAUGAAUAGUCUUCUACACAGCUUCAUGCUCAGAUUCAUCACAAAAGUAAGUUAGAACCUAUUUCUCUGGCCUAUAUUUACCCAUUGAAAACUUUAUUUUCCAGUGCAUAGAAAUGGUCCUCCCUCCCAAAAGGAGGUCUAAAACUAACAUUUGUCCAAUACAAAGCUACAUAACAAAUAACUGAAAUCACUGAAUUCUGUCAAGCUUUUAUCACAAUCAAAUAUACCUUGAAAAAUUUUCCCCCAACUUUAUGCUGUUGAGAAGCAGUCACAGCUCACAUCCGAGUAAAAUAGCACUGAACACGGUGGGUGCAUCUACAUGAGAUGCUGAUUGCACAGUAGCCAAGUAAUACUGCUAAUAUGUUAACUGCACAGUAUUAUUAGGCUAUUGCGCAGUAGACUACUUUAAAGACAUUCAUCAGCAUUACUGUGCAAUAACUCUGGUUACUGCGCAUUUAUUUAGUACUUGCUUAUACAAGUACUAAAUAAAUGCACAGUAACCACUGUGAAGUAGCAUCUCAUGUAGAUGCACCCACUGUGGCCAAAAUCAAGUUUUAAAAUGUUUCCAGCUUUCUCCUCCACUGUUCAUAGGAUUGUUUGAGAACUGUGCUCAAAGAUAACAUUUGCUCCCUGCAAAGGAGCAGCUCAAAGCCAGUACCUCAAAUUCUCCAAACAGGACUUUUAUACGUGGCACUUCAGUGCUAUAUAAAUCUUGUGCUAUAAGCCCUCUGCACAGGAGAAUCACCUGGUGUGAAGUAAUCAAAUUCCAAUAACAUUCAGCAUGUUAGGACAUGAGUUUCUACAGAUUUGGAGAGUACCUCAACACUGACUCUCUGCAUCUAUGGCAACAACAAUUUUCAAAAGCCCCUCCAAACGAUGGAUUAACGUAGUUAAUUAAAAUGUUCUUUUGCCAGACCCAACUUGCUGCAGGCCCUUAGGCAGAAUCUUAUACCAACCAUAGGCAUCCUCUUUUAAAACAGAAACCACUGGAAGAAAAAUAUGCAAGCCUAGUUUGGCAAAUUAUCAGCAAGACAUAAGCAAAACCAUGAGCCAAACCCUUCCGAAAAACAAACUUCAGUAGCUGGAAGUGGGGUAGGCUAUCCAUUGUGGCACCAAACUGGUAUACUUCUCAACUCUGGGUGAGUAUUUUCAGAAGCGACAGAUGACUUUUGGAGUAUACAGCCAAUGUCAAAAAAUGAGCAAGGAACACAAAUUUCAUUGCGAGUAGGAGUCAGUGGUCCUCUUUGAAAAUGAUCGAAAGAACUGAAAAUAAAUUGUUGAUAAUUUUACUGAAAUAAACCUAUAGAACAUUA